CUUCGCGUUGCAAAAUGCUCUUGUUGUUUGUGUUUGUGUUUGUGAUUGUAAAUAAAAGAAGUAAAGGGCAAACAGUUAGCGCGAAACGAAACGAAACCUUUUAGGCCUGUCCAGAAACCAGAAACCACCUCUAGUGGGAGCAAACAGUGACCGUAGACGUAAAUUGUUCAAUUAAACCAAAUGACUUGACUUUGAUCCGCGCAGUCGUAAGAGAGACGGUAAAAAAAAAAGGUGGGCAGGAAGUGGGAAGUGCGAUGGAUGACAACAAAAAAAGUGUGUAUUGGCCAAAAGAAGCUCGCAUUGGUAGCAACAAAAACAACUACACGGAAAACCAUUCUCACAUACACAUGGCACUCUUUAAACGCUGCCGCUCGCUCUCGCACUCUCUCUCAUUCUCACACAUUUGUUCACACACAUAAACGUUGCGACGCGUCUCUUGCAAACUUUUUAAAGCGGACGCCAGCAAUAUUCGGUUCUCACUUCGAUGUGGAACGGUAAAGAACCUGUGUCGUUUCCGCCGCGAUUCGCAGAAAUAAAACGAAAAUAGCCAAAUACAUAUUUUUCUCAAUCAAAUCUAAUACCCACUGCAAGUGUGUAUAUGUGUACAGGAAAAGAUCAGAUAGAUCAGAAGCAGUGCAAGAAGGAAAAGUGCAAAGCGAAAGUUUUGAUUGUGCAGCAUCCGUCAUCUCACUCUGGCAGUCGCGCGUGUAACGGUAAACGUCUCUCUUUCUCAACAACAACAUCAGCAGCAACACAUUCCAAGGAAAACGAAAAAAGUGCGCUUUUGUCUGUGUGUGUUUCAUUUCCAUUUCGAAAAUUCAAUCUUGGAUUUUGAUUUUGAUUGGCCAGAUGUGUUUAUUAAAUGAUUGCGCACAGUGUGUGUUAUUAUGGCCUUAUUGAAUAAACUCUUCUUUCCGUCGGCAACACCAACAACACCCGCGAAUUUAGCGGCAGCGCCCACGCUGACCGCAGCAGCAGUGCUAAUUAAUAGCCAAACAACAAUAGCAACUACAGGAACAACCACAACAAAUUCAACAGCAACAACAUUGCCGGCACGUACAACGCACGCCUCUGCCGGCGUCGCUGCCUCUGCUUCAGUAGGCAAUAGUUCGUCGUCCGCAAAAGCUACAAAACAAACUUCGCGAAAUUAUCUAAGUCGAUUCCCCUUCGAGGGAAGCCAGGUGCGAAUUCUGCUUUACAAAGAGGAUGACAGUCGGCGACUGCUCUUCGACUCGAAUGCCCUCCAGAAGGUGACGCACAGGGACACAUCGUCCACAUCCGGAUCCGUAUCAUCUUUAUCAUCAUCUACGAGUGGCGGUGGAAAGUUCCUUAAAAAUGAGAAGUACACGUCACUGCAGCAGAAUGGCAAGAUUCAGGCCAAGACACAUUCCAGCAAUGGUAGCAACUUCAUUGAUGUUUGUGCGGAAUAUGGCUAUAAGCACAAUCGACCCUCUGGAGCAGACAUCACACCGCUGGGCGAGAUGGUGUUUGGCUCACUGCCAAUGUCCUUUUGCGGAACGGCCCUGAAAGUGCACUGGCUGCCGCAACCGGCUAGGAUCUUGUGCUCCCAAGUCUAUCUGACGCCAACCAACAAUGGAGGAUCUGGAUCCGGUCACUCGCCCUACUCUACGCUAUCGGCAAACAGCCUAGCAACGCCGCGUACCUCGAUAUGCAGCGAACACGGCUCCAUGGAUGGUCUCUCGAUGAACUCGUUCUCUAUGCCGUUCAGCGUGAGUGUAGGACGCCAGAUGAGCUUGACGCCGCCACUGGAUGUCCCGGCAGCGCCGGCUGAUCAACAGUCACUGUCCAUACAUUCGGUUGACUCCAGCGGACCGCGGUUUUCGUCCACUUACAGCACAGCCACGGAUUCUGGCUAUUCGGCCAGUGGAAGUGGCAGUGGAACUGGCGGACAGUGGUCCUAUCAAUACUCAUCCACGCGCAGUAGUUUAGGCAGCGUUCUCUCUGAUCAGUCGGAUGCGAUAAGGAAGUUGAGCAUGGACUCGGCCUGCUAUACGGGAUCCUCUCCAUAUCUGGACGAAUUUGCCAGUGAUGGCUGUCUGCAGCGAAGAAUCUCGCGCAAUUUGCGCACCUCCUUCGAGAACGAGCAUUCCAAGAACGAUUUUAUCGGCUUCCUCAGCGACAAUUACGCCUUCAAUGGCCAAGUGGUAGCACCAGGAGGCGGCGGAGCUGGGGGUGGCAGUGAAGGCGGUGGAAUGGCUCCACCUCAGUAUAGAAGAGCAAGCUAUUGUGCGAAUGAGUCUCGCAGUAAUCCGGAAAUGGGCAGGAGGCAGGCAAAUCUUCGCCGUCGAGCGAAACUGGGAUUGGCCGUUUGUAUUUCAAUGAGCGAGUCCUUCGAGGAGGAGAUGGAGCUGUUCUGCAGCGAACAUAUAGCAUUGCUUGAAUCCAUGCUUAGUAGGCUGAGAGCGAGCACGGAGCAUGCGUACAUCAAUCAUAAGAACUUCCUUCAGAUCAUGUUCCAAGCUUGCCAGGAUACGCAACAGUGGUUCAGUGAUCUUUUCACCGCUCCGCGUAUCAAGACACCCGUCUGGCUGAGCAUCACCACCAGCGGCAGCAAGUACUCCAAGACUGUGGCCGAGAGAUUCAUCAAGGAGCUGUGCGACCUUCUUUCCUUUGCGGAUACCAAGGACUCUAAUUUCUUCAUCAGCACAAUGCUAACAGGGAUUCUCACCCAUCACCUGGGCUGGGUGGCCACUGUGUCCGCCUUUAACAACGCUGGCUCCCGGCGAUCGGAAUCAUCUUCCUCGGCGGCUGCCAUUGAACAGCGGGCGAAGCUGCUUCAAGUGGCCCAAAAGCAUCCGUACAAUGCACUUUGGGCGCAGCUGGGUGACCUUUAUGGAGCCAUCGGAAUGCCGCCCAAGCUAGCUCGUACCAUAGUUUGUGGAGCAGAGAAGCUGUGGGUGGAAAAGCUUCUGAACGUUCUCACCUACUUCAUCCGCUGCAGCGAGGUACGGCGGGCGGCUAAACGGGAGGAUUUUAACAAGCAGCUGAUCAACGACCUGGUCAACCAGAGUCAGACUCAAAAUCAGACGGCUAACCAGGAGCGGAACAAGAGUCCACCCACACAAAUGCGCGGAUUAAGCAGGACGUCGACAUGCAAGCAAAAUCUAAAUGCGAUUGUCGAUGAUGCGGACGAUGAGGAUUGCGAAUUUAAUGGUUACGAUAAAGAAAAUGAGAAUGAGGACCGAGACGGAGUGGACUCCGGAUCUGUGGACGCCAGCGAUGGUAUGCAGACGCUGAAAAAGAAUGAGAUUCCCACAGUGCUGGCUUUUCGAGACUCGCACUUUGUGCAGCAAGAGCUGCGUAUCGGUAACUAUCUGAUGGACACAGGAAUUGAUAAGAAGACGAUACUGGAGAGGCAGGCGCAGCAGUUCUUUCGUACUGGUAAGGACGGCCGGAUCCGUUUGACAGUAACCACACCGGACAACGUGGAGAUGUGCAUGGAGGAGGAGCAGUCGAGCGGUACUGGCUCUGUGAGCACUGGUUCUGUGGACGAUGGUGCCAUCGAAGCCAUUGACUAUGAAGACAACGUGGAAGCUCCACCGAAGAAGAACUUCUUCUGGAACAUGGUACCGGUGGCGGGUGUAAAGGAGGGACUGAGUCUUAGCGAUCUAGCAAAACUGCAUCAAGGGAUUCGGAUCAUAAAUCGCAAGCUGGAGCGACGUAGCAGCAGUUACUCCGUCGAGGGUAAUCCCGACCAGCAACAGAGUAAGACGGGUGGAGGAGGGGACUUUGAGCCCCUCAGCCAUGAGAGACGUGCGUCCCAUUUGUCUCUUUCCGAUUUAAUCACCCAAAACAGCAUGGGCAAGAGCGAUCGCAUGACAUGGGGCAUCGAGCCCAUAAAAGAAAACGUUAGCCUGGAGGAGCAGAUCCACUUCGAUCACUGCCACAAACUAAUUGAGCGAGAGCAUGGCAUUUGCAGACAAACAUCGGCGGAUAAUGGCAACGGUGUUGUCUUUGUCCUUGGCGACAAUGAGCCGCUGAUCAAUCUGAAGAAGAGCAGCGAGGAUCUUACCGGAGAUCAAGAUGCCAAGCCCGCCCUUAUGCUGUGUGCUCAGCAUCAGCGUACCCACGACAGAAGUAAACAUUCUGGUAUGAAGUUUAACUUCGAGCAGUAUCCACAGAUUGCCACCAACUACAUGAAGAGCAAGAAUCUGGUGAUGUCCAACUAUGAUCUGCUGAUGGACAAAGCCACCAAACUGGAGGCCAGCGAGGCAGCGGCUCUUAAGGGAAGCGAUAGUACGGCUACACUAGCCGCUAGCAGUAGUUCCACAGCGGCUUUACCCCCUCCCGCAACUCCGGUGGCUGCGAAUAGCGAUCGUUGUGUGGUGUGCAGCAGUGGCGUUGGUAUCAACGCCUCCGCCACCUGGAACCAAACGCCCUCUAAUGCCACCGAGUUGGAGUUUGAGACCGAUGAUGUGCACUGCUAUAAUCAAAGUGGAAAUAGUAAUGGAUGUAGUUCUAAGGCCUUGCAGUCUGUGAACUCGGCCGCCUCCAUAGACACUCUUAAGUCAGCAGUUGCCGUGGAGCCAGUGAGUUCAACGAUUCCCACUCAGAUGCAGACCACAUACAUGCGCAAGCAGCAGCCCAAACGAGUUCCUUCAGGACGCAGUUCCAUCUCCUCGGUGGCCGCCAAGUGCGCGGCCGUCAAUGUGUCCCAGCAAUUGCUUAAAUUGCCAGUUCCGGGCGUCAAAGAGUUGCCGCAAGACGAUGACUCGCCGGGCGAACAGCUGCGGGCUGGCUUUAUUCCCUCGCUGCUGCUGAGUGUCAGCGAUCACUACGUCUCCGACAUGGUACUCCAGGGCACUUGUGCACCGCCUAAUAAAUGGGAGAUGAAUCUGCGCGAGGAUCUGGCGCUGGCUUCGCGCUCCGCUUCGUUAAUCUCACAGCCCGCGGAAAACAUUGCCAUUGUGGCGGACAUGGACAAAUGGGACGUAAGACUCAUCUCGUCGCAGACUCAGCAGUUCCCGUAUGCCGGUGGCCAGAGCUCGCCGGUGGGCAUGUCUCAGCUCGUGUCUAGCAUGCUGGAAACCGUACAGGCCAUGCAUGCUGGCGGCAUUCCAGCCUAUGAGUGCCUGUCUUUCCUGGAGUCGAAGCUACAGGAAAUCUACUUGCAAUCAGAAACAUUGGCAGCAUUCCUUCUGGAGACGGACCCGUGCCGGCUAAGCGAUAUCACCAAUCCGCUGCAGCUCUCCGAAAACGAUGUGCCGCUGCUUCUUUCGAUUGCAUAUAUACACACGCCCAAAAUCAGCCGCAAGUGCGGCAUCAGCUUCAGGUGACAGGCCUUCGCCGUCUGCUGCUGAGCCAGGAUAUUGCCAAACAUUCAACCACUCAGCCAUUCAGCGAGCUUUUCUCAUGCAUCAUCCAAAGCGAAACAAGCAAAUACUCCAGCGAAUUUUAAUUUCACUGAUUUUGUGAUAUAUUUAUACGUGUAUGAAUCUAGCGCUUUAAAGCAGGAUACGUUAGUGAGCCAUAGCCUUAGCCCUCGAACGGAACCGAUCCGAUCUGAUUGGAAACGAUCGGUUUCAGACUAUUUUAAUCGCCCGGUGUAAACGGGUCGUUCAUCGAAAUUUACCACAUCCACUCAUCGCGGGUCACAUGAAGAAGUAUUGUAAAUUAUCUGGGUUAGAAUUAGCCGGGCCAGAUUGCGUAGAGGCGAUGGCGUUGACGAUGAUGAUGACAACUCCGGCUUAGCGGCACUCGAAAUGCUCUGCUAUCGGAUCGUUCGAUCGCCAAAACAUAUCUUGCCCCGCCCCACACUUUUGUAGUGCUUGAUUUAGAUUUAAUAAUUUAUGACAGCAGUAAUAUAAUCGUAGAAUUAAUUGUAUAACUUUACAAUAACCUAGGGAAGCAGUGCAGCUAAAACAACUAAAACAAAAAAUUUAAAUCAAAAUAUGUAUAUAUUUUUGAAGGAAACAAUAUACAACA